CUCUAUUCUCGGUGGACUCUUAUUUUAAGUCCGUGUGGAGGCCAAUUCUUUCAGAGUAUUUCCUUACAUCUUCCGCCGCAACCCAGUCCUCUGGAACUUGCCCUUUCCCGGCUUGGUGGCAUUUAUUUAUUUUUUGGGGGUGGGAGAAAAGCACCGAGCGGAACUCCCCCCGCGCCACAACCUCUUUCCGCAGGGACCAUUUAAAAGGCUGCACCGCAGAGAAGCUUCUCUGUCAUAGCUUCUUUUGCUAAUGAAAGCGGUGCAGGGAUGUACCUUUCUUGGUGCUAUUGUGGUUGGUAGGCUUGUGGGAGGGGUUGUUGUGGGAGGGAUGUUGGGAGGCUUGUGGGAGGGAUGUUGUGGAGCUCUUGGGGUUUAACUCCCCAAUUCUGAGUUUGGUGAUCCCUUGGAGCUACUCUCUAUUAUCACUCAACCGACCAGAUAAUAGGUUUUGUCUUUGUUGAGGUUGGGUUACUGAGGGAAGGCAGACUGAACGCGGGAUUCGCAGUGAGGGGACGGUGGUUCAGUUAUAGCGCAUAACAAAUAUGUCCUUAGAAAUGCGAAGCAGCAGAGUCUUAAAAACGAGAAAAAUGGUUUGACUGUUAUUUCUUGUCUGAGGUUCUUUAAAAUAUCUUUGGAUAUGUUGCAAAUCUGCCUGGGACUCUGCAAAUGCUUCUGCAUUCCUGAACAAACUUUCUUAAGAGGCAGUGUAUGAGGAUAAAUUAAACCAUGGAGGAAUGUAAAAAGCUUGACGCUCUUGACAGAACCAGCCAGCUUGUCAGAAGAGCCAUUACUUGGGAGAUCUCUGAUUCUGAAGGAGGCAGUGACAUCGAAUUGCAGGACUCUGUGCCUGUUGUGAGUCAUGUGGCAGCUGGUGUUUGGGACCACCUGGACAAAGAAAAGUUGGAAACAUGCAUAAGUCCAGGUGAACCCAAAGAGUUGCCUUUGCUUACAUUAGUGCCCCAAGUAGCAUCUUGCUCUCCCAGUCCAGAGAAAAAGAAGAAAAAUCAGCCUCCUAAAGGACCAAGAGCAGUGCAGACCAAAGUGAAAGACAGAAAGCUUGAAAGGAAACUGCAAAAAGAAGAGAAAAUGAGGAAGAAAAAGCAGUAUGAACUAGAAAAAGAGAGACGAAAGGAAGCCGCAGCUGCCUUGAAAUCUUUACGGCCUGAUCAGUGUAUGAAGUACAUGACUGUAUGUGUGGACCCAGGUAGGGCUUUUAUUUUAGUGCUGUUUUUAAACAAUUGGGAAUUGAUCCCUCUGCCUGAUUUAUUGCAAAUCUACCAGUAGAUCUUGACCUGGGAAUAGGAGGCCUCUUGCAUGCAGCUUGUUGCUGGGUUCUGUUGUAGCUGCUUCUGUCCAUUGCAGCAGUGUCACUGGUGGUUCACAGAGCAAAUGGAAUUUUUUACUCUCUUAGCACUAGGUAUGUUGAGGUCUAGAGGAGAGUGCUUGGGACACUGACCCAUAGUGCUGUAUAAUACAGUUAAGAUGUGAAUCAGGCCAUUUGUAUGAUCCUUGCCCAUCAGGUCUUCUAGAGGAUCCUGGUUCAGAUGCUUUGCUGGGAGCUUUAGAUUCUUUGGAGUGUAAAUACCACAUUGAACCUCAGGCAGUUCCACACAGCAUAACCUGGAAGAGAGAUCUCUCCAGUAGUAUGUCUUGCAUGGUGAGUAUUCAAAACUCAGCUGUUAGCUAGGCAAGGCACAGAUGAAAUCUGGAAUGUCUUCUACUUAACUGAUUUCCUGAUUCUGCUCAUCUGCUAUUAAUAGUGUUUGUAGGCAGGCAGAAAAACAAGCAACUUAAAAAUAGAACUUGAGCUGAUAAUGUAUUUAUAUGUAUGCCACACAUAGAAGCAACUUUAAAAUGGACCCUUCUGCAAAAUAGGGCUAGUAGUCGAGCAUGGCCAGUAUCAAACCAGGUUUGUUAAGACUUUCAGGGAGCUAGAUGGAGUAGUAGUAGUUUUAAAGGAUUUUUUAAAAUACCAUUUAUUUCCUUCUGGAACGGUUCUGUAAGUCAGCAAGUGAUGUGUGAAGCUAAUAAUCUCCUAGCAAAUGGUUUUCAGUAACAUGCCUUCAGUCUGGAGGUUCCAUUUAGUAGUGAUUAUUAGUACAUGACUGUAUGUAGUAGUCAUUAAUAGGCCUCCAUGAAUUUGGCUAAUCUCUUUUUAAAGCAGGAAUGGGGAACUCGUAGUACUCCCAGUGUUGUUGGGCUCAAACUCCCAUCAGCCCCAGCCAGCUUGACAAUGCUCAGGGAUGAUGAGAGUUGUAUUCCAGCAACAUCUGGAGGACCUCAGGCUCCCCAUCCUUGUUUCAAGCCAGAGAAGUUGCUUACAUACAUAUUGUGGCAGUCAAUGCCACAUAACCAAAUUAUGCUCUGUGGGGAAAGAGCCUUUUGUCUGUACUGACAAAAUGGUUGACUUUGUUUCUGUAGGAUGGCCCCCAGGAAAAGGCUGAAGAUGAAAGGGAGAUCGUGCUCUUACUGGAGCCUUGGGAUUUUCUCAGACGCCUCUACUCUUUAAUGCAGGUAUGGUAAUAGCAUCUCCUGUAUCUGCUGUUUAAAUAUGCCACCUAGAUAGCACUGUCCUAUGGCCACUCUCAGCAAACCCCAUGGAUUGCAUUGAGAAGUACUUCUGAGGGUGGCAGAAGUAUGUUAUAGAGGUGUAGAAGUAUGUUGUAGAGGACAAUUUCUGGGCCUGGAAUUUGGGGGGGGGUGGUUUGAAUUCAGAUGUUUCAUUUGAACAAUUGACUGCUACAGUCAAGUGUAACAGUUACAGCCCUACUGUUAUCAGUGGGACUUACUCCUUAGUAAAUCUGUUUAGAUUGAAGGCUUAGGCAUAGCUUCUUACUGGAAUGUGUUUGUCUCUACACAUCACUGUUCUGAGGAUGUGAUAAAAAUCCAUAAUCCAUUAAAGCGCAAGUGGGGAACCUCCUACUAAAAAUGUGAGUAUGCUUUAGAAGUUUUGUCUUAUUACACAGGUGUUGAAGAGCUAAGUAAGUGAGAGGCAGCACUAAGAGAGUUAGGUUGCAGCAAGCAGUAUUCAAGAGGAGAUGAGUGCCAGAAGCAUUAAGGCCAAAGGUGAGCAGGGAAGAACAGGGAUUCUUGCACAGAGCAAAGUUGUUAGACGAGUAGAGAUCACAACUGGCUGCCAGUCAGCUACUGGGCCAUGUUCAAAGUCUUGUUAACAUAUAAAGAAUUCGGGAGCAGGUUACCUGAAAAACUACCUGCCCCUGUACAGAACUAUGGCUGGCAUAGGGAUGUGGCAUAACACAAGAGAGAGAGCACUCAUUGUUGUCAUCCCCCAAGCCUAUGCCUCCCAUGGGAAGAGAGAUAAAUCUUCCUCAUCCUGAUUUUGGCCCCCAGACAAUGAUGCUGCCACUGUCCUAACAGCAUUCCCGAUUACCGGGCAAAUAUACAAAGUGGCUAUGGUCUAUCUGGGAUAAACUCAUCACAUGCAUACAGUCCAGACACAUGUGCAUCUCACACACCACACAUGCCUCCUCUCACUCACAUCCCUCUCUCUGCCCAAGCACAUCUCUCCCUCUCUCUUUCACACACACAGAGACCACACAUACACCCCCCUUCACCCUCUCUCUCCUGCUCCUGCCCCCCUCUUUUUCACACACACAUCUUUCUCCUCUCUCUCUCUCCAAAAGAGAAAACCCUCCCUUCAGAAAAGCACCUGAAAGGGAUGGAGGAAGUAGCUGGCUGCCAACAACGUUGAACAAAAUGACUUGCAGUGCAUUCCCAUAUCUCUUUGAAUAUGGUAGCAGAGCAUCUUCUUUUGCAUGUUCAGUCCGCAGCAUCCCCUGAAAGGGCUGGCAGAGACCCCCGCCUGAAACCAUGGAGAAUUGUUGCCAGGCUAGAUGGAGCAAUGGCUUGACAACUUCCAGGAAGGGCCAUAGUUCAUCUGCUCAUCUGUACAGCACCUGCUUUGCAUGCAUGCAAAAGAUUCCAGGUUCAAUCAUUGCUGUCUCAGUUGAGCUGGGAGAAGCCCCUGCCUGAAACUCUGGAUAGCUGCUGCCAGUUGAUGUAGAUGGUAUUGAAACGGGCAAAGGGCCUGACUCUGUAUAAGGCAGUUUCCUUUGUUUCUCUAAGUGUGGGAUUGUGGCAGGGUAUGAGAACAUAAAUGUAUUAUAGUGGUAAUACAUGAGUUCAUCACUCAAACCCUUUUUGCACUAGCUGGAGCUUCCACACCAUUUUCAAAAGCAACUCCAUGUAGAGCCAAUUGCAGUCACCCAGCCUGGGUUUUGCCAUAGCUUUACUGACAUGCAUGCUAUGUCACAACAUGCUCACACCAUUGGCAUCCCCCAGUGAGAUGCCCAGGAAGUGACAGGGACUGUAAUGCUGUGCAACUCAAACUCUGCAUAUACUGUCUCCACACACCCACAUCUAAAUUAAGAAAAUUAACACAAAUUACUCUACACAUGCUGGGGGGCUGGACUAGCUGAGCUCCUCCCUAGCUGGACAAAAAAUUGUUUUUAAGUUCUUAUGGAAAGGCUUCUUGUGUAUGCAUGUCUGUGACACUGUCUUCUUUUAUUUCAGAGCAUGAGCCCUGGCAAGCAGCAGAAUGUGCCUGAUCUCACCCGAAUGUUGCCCUUUAGCAGCCCGAAAGAUUACUGUGCAAUCUCCUGCAGCGUGGCAGUCAUUGGACUAGAUGCCUACCAAUGGUACAUGUAUUGGGAGGGCAGCUAAGUUAGGGGUGAGAAGUGACCUGUCUUCCACAUGGCAAGUAGCUCAGUGGUAGAGCACACACUUGGAUGCAGAAGGCCUCGUGUUUAAUCCCCACCACCUCUAUGUUGCUUCAUGAGAAUACUGAAUUCUCUCCUGGUGGUAAAGGCAACGUACAGAAAGAAAGAUAAAGAGAGCUUAGACAUUAUAAAGUAAUUUUGAUCUGCUUUAUUGAGUGCACUUUACAUGGAAAAUAGAGAUGACUCAUAAGAACAUCAGAAGAGCCCUUCUGGACCCCAGAAUCCAGCAUUGUGAUACAUAAAUCGCAUCACUCACAAGAGCUUGAAAACUAGUAAUUGGUUGUUCUGAUCUGAACUGCUUAGGUAUAACCAGCAUCGUGGACACCAGCAGGAAGCACUGAAUCCUGGGCAGGAGGAGGCGCCAGGAUUCCAGCCUGGCCCAGAACUGUUGAUGACAGAGCAUCAAAUACAGGAGGUGAAUACAAUUACCAGGAGUGAGUCAGUUGUAAGGGGAGGAGCUUUUGGAGAAGAGGGACAAGGCUAUCAAUGGCCAGUUUUGCUUCCACUGUCAGAGGGAAUGCACCUCUGAAUUGCAGUUGCUGACAGUCACUAGUGGGGAGUGUUCUUUACUCAGGUCCUGCUUACAGGCUUCCCAUAUAGGCAUCUAGCUGGCCAUUGUGAGAACAGGAUCCUGAACCACGUGGGUGAGCAAGGUUUUCUUACACAAGUUAUUCUAGAAAUAAAAAAGGAUUGAUUUAUUCUUGAAGGAGAGUUCUGUCAAUAGUUCAGCAGCCUUGAUAGCUAAAUGAUGCAUAGAGACAGUACUCUUGUGGCUACCAUAUGCGGAGAGCAAAUGGAGGAAUGCCAUUGCCUUUAUGUCCUGGUUUGCCAGCAACCAAAGGCCCCCUCUUAAGGUUCACAUAUGGAAACUUAACCAUGUAGUGUAGCAGAGGGGUGAGACAGACCUACCUUCCUUCCUUCCUUCCCUCCUUCCUUCCUUCCUUCCUUCCUUUUUUCUAAGGAGUGGCAGAGCUCCUCUGGAAAGCAGCCUCAUUGGCCCACUAUUUUGUUUCCCCACAAUCCUCCAGAUGUUGCAUUAGUCCAGAGCACUGUGGGAAAAACAAAAUGGCAGCCGCUAUUGAAACAUAGUGCCUCCCGCUAUUGGCUGCUAUCCCCCAUACCCCAAUGCCCUGGACUGAUGCAAUGCGGGCAAAACAAAAUGGUCCUUGCUCGCUGAAAUUUGGCCACUAGAGCUGAACCCUAUUGGAAGGCAGGGAGAACCAAAGACAGGUGGGUAUCAGCAUUCUGUAAGUCCUCUUAAGAGUGCUGGGGCCUUGCUUGCUGCCUGAAAGUGCUGAGUACUGACAUCAGGCUUGCCUGAUAACCUUGCUAUGCCCCAAGUCCGACACAAGAGUUAGGACAUGCUUUAAGUCCAUGGACUUCAGUGGCCUUAAGUGUAACUGUGUUGGAUGUAGGUCUGUGUUCAUAGAUGAUCCCUAUUUAUUUAUUCUGCCUGUUGCUCCUGCAGGCUCUGGUGGUGCUACAACUCUGGAGUAACACCGGUGUCUUAUUCCUGGAGACAUGGCAGGAGUUUGCCCAGCACAUUUCUGCAAUGACCAAAGCUAUUGCGCAGAGCCCAUAUAAGUGAGUGCCUUUUGCCACAGAUCAUCUUUGCAGCCUCGUUUCUCUUCAAAGCUCUUCCCCCGCCCCCAUCCCCUUAGCUGCAAGUGUCUGAAGGGUGUUUUAUAAAGCCGGAAUGCCUCUAAUGUGUGCACAAGUAGCGUGAAUAAAAAGGAAGCCUCUCAAUUCUUUAUUGAAGAAAAACUGAUAGAGACACACACAUAUGUACCUGGUGCAUGUUAAUAAUAUGAUACCAUUUGCAAGAAGAAAAUCCAUACCUUGCCAUCUUGACUCUUCUUCUGAGGCAACCAGGUGAAAAAAAGGAACAUUUUCUUUGCUACUGUUUCCUGAUAAAUUGGGGGAGUUGAUUUUUAAUUAAAAAACAAUAGGACUGCGUUUUAGAAGAGACAUCGCGCAGAGGGACACCCCUCUGGAGAUACUUGAUUUUCUCCAGAAAUACUGUUUAUGCAUAUGAAGAUGCUUGCAUGUUUAUCUAAUUAGUUAGAGGUUUAUAAGUGAGCAACACUUAGAACAUUCUGAGGGUUUUUAAAGACAUCUCGUCUCAAGCAGCCUGUCCCUGUGCCUCUUCCCACAGGAAACAGCAGGGAAACCAGCCUUUCUCCUUCUGCGCUGAUGGUGGGUGGGCCAGUGGAGUGCGUGUGCAGAAAGAUGGGAUGGGACUCCAACAGGCCUGGCUCAGGCAAAUCCAGCAGCUUAACCGAACCAGCCCUGCCAUGGCAGCAGCCAUCACCAAAGCAUACCCUUCACCACAGCUGCUGCUAGAGGUCAGUUCACAUCUUUGAUUGCUUUGUCGUUGGCUAAUCAGCAGGCCUCCAGAGAGGAGGAAGGCAAAACUGCCACAAAACAGGUAGGCAGAUCAAGCCCUCCUCAAAAUAUCUCAAGGACUGUUGCAGAGAAGAGGGCCAAGGCUUUCUCCCCUGCUGCUCCAGAGGAGAGAAGUAAAUUGAAUGGGCCUCAACAGGACCCACAGCAAAAUGUGGCUGGGCUUUUUUAUUCCCAAUCGUCAGUUGGCAUUUGGUGCCCUUUGGGUGUGCCGAGUCGUCACUGAGAUAUUUAUUAUGGGGGGACUCCCUUAGGGUCCCCUGGAGACAGAGUCAUCUUCUGGUUUACUCCCAUUUUCCUACGUUGCAAAGCUUCAGCGGAUACUCAAGCACCAAAAAUUCAAGACUCAAGCCACGUGGUGCUUGAACCCACAACCCUGAGAUUAAGAGUCUCAUGCUCUACCGACUGAGCCUAAACGGCCUCAGCCCAGUAUACCUGAAGGAGUCUCUCCACCCCCCAUUGUUCAGCCCGGAUACUGAGGUCCUCCAAGGGUCUUCUAGUGGUUCCCUCACUGCAAAAAACAAAGUUACAGGAAAUCAAACAGGCCUUCUCGGUAGUGGCACCCUCCCUGUGGAACGCCCUCCCUUCACAUGUCAAGGAGAUAUGUAACUUUAAGACGACAUCUGAAGGCAGACCAGUAUCAGGAAGUUUUUAAUGUUUGAUGUUUUAUAAAUGCUGUAAGCUGCCCAGAGUGACUGGGGAAACCCAGCCAGAUGGGCAGGGUAUAAAUAAUAAAAUUACUAUCCCAGCUCUUCCUGAUAAGGAUCUAACAACAUAACCUUCUCUGUGCAUGUUGAAUCAAUCGCUUUCCAAUUACUGAAUACCUAUUUAAUCCAAUAGGGCAUUAAUAUAGGUUCAGAAUGGCUCUACAUUCUACACUGGAGGAAAUCAUCAGGGUUUUCUGUAGCCAAUUUAUUUUUCCCUUUUUUUAAGGCCUACAGAGAGUGUGGCACAGACAAGGAAAAACAGCUCCUCCUAAGUGACAUUUUGGUCAGAAGUGAAGAAAAUGAGAGGGAGCGGCGGAUUGGCCCAGACUUGUCCCGUCGGGUCUACCUCUUCAUGAUAUCUACCAAUCCAGAGCUUGUUUUAGACCUAAGUGCUUAGGUGAGAUAGUCAAAGGCCAGAAUCUCAUGUUUUCUAAUCACUGAACCUCUGUUUCUGUAUUGCUGGUUAUUGCAGAAUGGACCUCUAGAAAGCACAUGGUAAAUGUGCACAAAUACCAUCAAGCCUCUUGAAUUAUUCCACCUGCCCUUGAAAUUUUCAUUCAGUGAGGAUUGCCUUGCAGUAGCCUUUUCAUAUCUUCAUACAAAUCUGUAGUGUUAGCCCCACUUGGACCAAGUUACCCAAAGGAUCACCUGUCUCUACGUAGGCCUGCAAGAGGCCCUUAUGGAGUUUCCUUUCUAUCAGAGUUAUACCAAGUUACCAUUAAAAAGGCCACCAUAGUGAUUGUAAGAGCAUGCCACAAAUUAGGACCAAAGAGUCUCAUUUUAGCACCUGGUAAAGCCCUUUUAGUUCCCCUACCUUUUUAAAUCUAAAGCAGUUGAUAUCUCAACUGGCCCAAAUGUUAAAGAUACAUAGGAAUGGCAGUGUCAGAAGUCCCACCACCUUGUGAUGUUAGAGGGACAGUGGAGUAUGCAAGUGUGUUGUGUUAUGGCCCCCAGGUUGUGCAAUAUGCUCAAGGAUUCAUGACACCAUCAUUGUAUAUGUUGUCAAGACAUUCCUCUACUCACAACACUUGGGUGAGUGGAUGUUUACCCUCCGAUUAUUUUGCUGCUUGUGUGACUGUUUAGUUUUGCAGUUUUAAUUAAUCCUUUAUUUGAAAUUGCAGUAAUUUAUGUAACCUGCCCUGAGACCACUUGGUGAAGGGCAAGAGAUAGCUUUGUGACUGAUAUGCAGUAAGGCAGCAAAUUUUCAACUCCCAACAAUAGCAGCAAAAG